UAUUUUUAUUCUUGUUUGUGUCAAAGUGUGUGGUUUUUUUGGGUGUUGGACUUGACUGCCAAUUGCGUCACUGUAAUAUCGAGCAGUAACUUCCAGACUCAAACCAUAGUGUGCCAGUGUCCGAAAUCCUUAAAUGACAUCACAGCCGAUGGAUAUUGCGCCAAGUGGCGCUCGCACUAUGCUUCGAAAUCAAGAAAACCACUUGCACCCGCCAGAUGAAACCGCAUCCAUGAUGCGCAUGCUGGCGCCGUUGUCCUCGUCGCCGCCGGCAAUGGCCCCGCUGUCGUCUUUUAUCGCACCCAUGAUGACAACGGGCCCUUACUGUCUUUGGCGGGCUGCCGCUGCUACCGCACAGACGUUGCACGACGGCGCUGCCAACAACUUGAAUCCCGCCACCUUCCCAACCCAACCCUUGGUUGCGCAGCACGAUGCCUCUGGAUUGGUUUUCCCCGCGCGCGUCCUUUCCACUGUCGCAGAGACGAGCGACUUUCUUCGCCGCGAGUCGCGUACCAUCGCCUGCCUCACCCACAAUCCCCACCCGAACAUUGCCUCGGUGGUGGAUGUUGUUGGCGCAGGCGUUCAGGCGCCGAUGGCACUUGUCUAUCAGCCUGUACAGGGCACGGAUUUGCAUUCCUUCCUCAAGCACGGGUGGACGUUCGCAGAGGACGACGCGCGUCACAUUUUUGCGCAAAUUUGCGCCACCGUCGCUCACUGCCACUCGAUCAACCUCGUCAUUGGUGACAUGAAGCUCUCAAAGAUUGUGCUCACUCACACUCAUCAGCACCAGGUGAUCUCCAACGGACGUCAGCAGCGCGCGCACCUCGGCCUCCUUCACACUCAGCCGGCCCAAACCGCUCCCGCCACACCAGAUGCCAUCUCGCAGCUGUCCGAUCCAUUUGGUGGGGCCAUGGGAUUUGGCGCCCCUCGCUCGGCUCUCGGCCACCAGCACACCCGCCUUGCCCCUCACGCCCAGUUUGCCGUCACAGAACCGCAAAAGACAACCCUUCCGUCUUGCAGCUGCAACCAGCGUCUGCGCAACAUGGACUCGUCGCUCGUGUUCUCGGACAUGCACGGUGGCGUCGUCUCUCCGACCAUUGUCGCGUCGUGUGUCCAGCUCGUUGACCUCGAAAAGGCCAUUCUGCUGGAACACGAGGCGCAGCUGGUCAACGCGUCCGAAACGAGCUGCUCCCCCGCCUAUGUCGCGCCCGAGAUGCUCGAGCGAAAGCCAUACCGGGGCCAGCAAGCCGACGCCUACAGCCUCGGCAUUAUUCUCUACACCAUGAUGCGUGGCGCCUACCCGUUCUCGGACACGUCUCCGAAAGCACUCUUUGCGAAAAUCCUCUCUGGCCAAGCCCCGAUGCCAUCUGGGCUCUCGGCACACGGGCGGGAUCUUCUUCGCCGCCUGAUGCACCGCAAUCCCGACGAGCGUUUGACCGUUGCCCAGGCGCUCAACCAUCCGUGGUUUACAGAGAGCUCGGCCACCAACGCCGGUCUCCAGCUCGCGCCCCAAGUUUCCGGUGUCGCGGUGCGGUCCUCGUGUCAGAGAGGCAACUACUCUGCUGACACUCGGUCGCUGCGCUCUGCGCGCUCGGUGCACGCGGCGAGUUCUGUUCAGGCCGCCACAAAGAUGAAUCUCGACGAUCAAAUCGUUCCAUGCAUGCCUUCAAAGAAGGCCAAUCCUCUGGCAGGAUCCGUUUCGCGCCCUCUUAUUGCUGCCCAUGCUUGAUCAACUUUCGUUGGCAAACAUGCUUGGCUUGGCUUGGCUUCUCGGCCCCGACUGUUUACUUUCCUCGGUUUCAUGCUAACUGGUUUCAUCGCUUUGUUUUGUCUUUUUGUCUUUUUGUCUUUUUGUCUUUUUGUUUUGUUUUUUCGAUUCAUAACAUGGUUGUGGCCUUCAAUGCUGGCCCGACCUCCCCCUUCUUAACGAAAAUCAAACUGUGUUACCAAACAAUCCUUCGACAACAGCAACAACAACAACAAAAAAAGAGAAUGAAUAAACCUGUAGCCCAGCACGAAA